UUGUUUCCGGUCGCGCCAUGGCUUGAAUGCUGCUACCUGAGUUCUUGUAUAAGGUAGUGUCCUGAAUAUUCUCCUGCUAUGAGUUCAUCAAAGCCCUACAUUGGCUGUAAAAUAGGGUUACUUUCCAAAGCCCAAAAUCGUUAUGAGGGGAUUUUGUAUACAAUUGAUAAAGUAAACUCCACAGUAGUGCUGGCAAAAGUCAAGUGUUUUGGAACGGAGGGGCGACCCACUGACAGACCAGCACCACCGAAAGAUGACAUCUAUGAGUACAUCACUUUCCGGGGAAGUGAUAUUAAGGACAUCACAUUGUGUGAACCUCCAAGAUCUUAUCAUGGCCUACCCCCGGAUCCUGCAAUAGUACAGUCAUCCAGUUCGGGCUCUCCAGGCAUCUACUCAGCUCUUGGAUCAUAUAGCCCCUUAAGGAUGCCUGCCUACAACCAGCUUGCUGCCAGCUCUCUACUUAAUCAACAGUAUGCUGCAGCUUUUGGCCUUGGGCCUGUUCUUCCAGGUUUACAUGUUGUAAGGGGCCCCAUGGUGGAAAAGGCUGUUCAAACCCUCCACGUGGACAGGUCUGGGCAGAAGGGAGGCUUGACUCCAUCCCGGGAGCAGGAGCGGCAAUGGGAGAGAAGGAGACUUCAGAGGCCCAGAGGAGAGAGUUCCCAGACCAGAAGGGGCACUGGAGCCAUCAUGAAGUCAGGCCCAGGUGUGCCCACUGCUCAGCGGGAAACUCGGCAGCAGAACUAUGAAAACAGGUCACCACAAAGAAGACAAGGAGCUCGGAGGCGCAGGAACCGUAGUAGAGGCCAGCUGAUGGUGGCUAAUGUUCCAUCUGCCAUCCUUAAGUUUGACACGGACUUUGAUUUUGAUUCCUCAAAUGCACAGUUUAUUAAGGAGGAGCUGGAGAGGGAGGUGCAGAACAGGAUGAAAGAUGGAAACAACGAGGUGGAGAAAGAAAUGCACUCAUCUGCAAAGGAUGAUCAUUUUGGACCAAAAUGCUACUACAACAAAGCAAAGUCUUUCUUUGACAACAUCUCAUCUGAGAAUAAGUUCAGACUAACAUGGGCGGAGGAGCGGAAGCGCAAUCUGGAGACUUUUGGGGUCCCUGGACGGUUCCUGAGGGGCCAAGGCUUCAGAGGUGGCUACACUGGACGAAGAGGAUGGGGCACUGCUCAGACUCUAUCUUACAGAGCCAGGAGUGGACAGCUGUAAAGGGCAGGGUUUGAUAACCAGGUGCUAAAGCAACCCCAUCCUCCAAUGAUGGCUAACUUGGGUGUAACAAAUGGGACUUUUACCCAUUAUAUCAGCAAAAGCAGCUCUGUCACUGUAUGAAGGAUUUUUAUUUUUUUCUCAGAGUUAUCCUGUCUCCAUAUUGCCAGGAUUGUAUUUUUCUGUAUAGCCUUCUUGUCAUUUGUCCCCAUUUUGAAUAUGGAUUCAUGGCUCAGUAAAUGGUCUACUGUGUGUGACAAUAGUUUUUUUUUUUUUUUUUUUUUUUUUUUUU